AUGGCGGGCGGCAUGGUGCCGACGCCUGCGGACCUGCUCAUCAUGGCGGUGCGGUCGGGGUCGAAGGAGAUGAGCCAGGGCGUAAUAGCGCAGCACCCUGAGGCGCUGCAGGGCCGCGACACUGAGGACGGCGCGACUGCCGUCCAAUGGGCCUCGCUGCUGGGGCACGCGGAGCUGGUCGAGUGGCUGAUCGAGCAGGGAGCGCCGCACGACUGGGCGGUUGAGUCGUCAGGGAUGCAGCCCAUCCACUGGGCGGCGACGCGGGGCCAUACAGACGUGAUCAAGGUGCUGCUCAAGCGGGGCGCCAACCACACUGGUGCAUGGUCCCUCUUGACUGCCCAUGCGCGCGAGGCUGUGUAG